CUGCCUCAAUCAGAUAGCACAAUGCGAGAUUCCCGUUACUUCGCUGCGAAACAUGAUCUGUCUUCUCACCUUUCAUUAUGAUGUUGUAGCGUUUCAUCCAAGGAUCUGGUCCUGUUUCCGUCCGCGGUUUCCGUCGGUGUGAAAUAACAACAGCAGGCCGAUUCCGUUCAGCCGUCAUAAUGCAUCCGAUGCCUGCGUGCUCCGCUGGUGGUGGAGACAUAUUUGACAGUAUACAGAGAGGAAAUAUUGAACAGUGUAUACACUUCAUUCAAAACGAUCGAUCAGUCCUCAAGCAUAAAGGCUGGGGUGGUUUCACCCCGCUCCACUACGCUGCCCUCCAUGGUAACCGCGCCCUGACUGACCUGUUCUUAAGCAAUGGCGCUGACCCUAACCUGACAUGUGAUGCAGGACAGACAUCCUUUCAUUUUGCCUGCAGGCAAGGGAACAUCUAUAUCAUCCACCAAAUGAUGCAGUAUGGAGCUGAUUUGCGCCUCAUAGACCUACAGGGAAAAACAUCACUGCAUCAUGCUGUUACUGGAGGCAACAUCGUUGCAGUGCACUAUUUGUGGGAGACUGGAAUGUUCCGGUUCUCAGACACCGACAUGUACCAGGUGACGCCCCUUCACCUGGCGGCAUCCACUGGCAACACAGAGGUGGUGCGAUACCUGCUUAAAGACCAAAGAUGUGCUGUGGAUGCUGUUGACCAGCAGGGAGCGACAGCACUUCAUGUCGCAGCGGAGAGAGGUGGUGUGGAGGUGUGCUGGACACUGCUGCAGAGAGCAGGGUGCAGGAUGCUCCAUGAGAAGAACCACAACGGCCUCACACCACUGGACCUCAGCAAGCAGGGGAAAACAUUUCGACAUCAGCAGCUGACCAAACUACUGAGUCGGUACAUUAAUGAGCCAAUACACCACAAGCCCAGAGAGUCUCAUGUUUUGUACUACUGGACACUGUUUUUUCCAACUCUGAGCGGAGCUGCCAUUCUGCUAAUAGCAGCCAUGUUGGGAGGCUAUGGUGGGCUAAUCUGUGGCUUACUCUUUCCCUGGCUGGCCAGAAGCAUCUUCAUGCAGUACCACCGCAUGACCACAUACCAAAGGUUACCCAACCCGAUCUACUUGGGAACCCUCAUAGCCGGCAUGUUCCAUUCUCUGCUCUGCUUCUAUGGAAAAAUAAUGCCUAGUGUAUGGCCAACCAGUGCCCUGGUCCAGGUGUCAAUGGUCCACUUCUCCCUAGUCCUUGGUUUGUUCUGUAAGGUUCUGACUCAGGACCCCGGGACACUGGACAGAGCAGAUGCAGAUCCUCGGUUCUCCUGUAUCGCUGACCUGGUGGAGAACAACCAGAGCCCUCAUAGGUUCUGCCCAUACUGUGAGUUGUUUCAGCCUGACAACACUAAACACUGCAAGCUGUGUGAGGUGUGCAUCAAGGACUAUGACCACCACUGCCUUUUCCUCAACCGGUGUGUCGGCCGGGGUAACCACCGUCUCUUCCUCUUCUUCAUCCUCUCCAUGGUGACAGCCCACCUUCUUUUUGUUGCCACGGCAACAAGUUACCUGUACGACAAAAUGCCUGCCAGCAGUCACAGCUUGUCGUUGUGGCUCACGUUGUUGGGGGAGGAGUUCUGGGUCGUGGUCAUGAUGAUUAUGAAUGCGCUGACGCUCCUGUGGGAGGUGUGGCUACUGACCGAGCAGUUUGAUGCCGUCGCCAUGGGAACGACCACCUACUUUAGACACUGUGAAAACUCUGUGCGACAGAGGUCACUAGGACAGCGUUCGGUCACAGUACUGUCGUUUCUGCUGGAGGGACGGAGACGGGUGGGCGGCAUACACACAAGAGAGGACAAAACUGCCAUAGACAUUUAACACUGUCAGUUUGUCUUGUUUGUGAUAUUGCUCACUUAGAGUUAUAGAAAUUCACAGUUUACAGAAACAUCUGUGUGCACUCAAAUUUGUGAUAAUGUCCUCUUUAGAUUCAAUAAUUCUCUAACGCCAUAUAACAUGUUGUACUUGAAUGUAAAAUUUGGUUAUAUCCUAAUAUAUUUUAAUAUACAAUAGGCUGUAGAGUAGAUAUGUCUGCAGUUUUGUGACUAGCAAAGAGUUUUAGACUUUCACCUAGUUUUUAGUGACCUCACAGAACACUAAGAUAACAGUGUUAUUAAUGAAAUUGUUGGUUUACAUUGUUCUGUGUAAAAUACUGGAUAUUUCUAGAACUGUGUUUUAGCAGGGAACGCCUCUGAGAACAUGACUGCUAACACUGACACCUGUUUUGAUAUUCUACAUCAGCAGCAUAUACUUUCUCAAAUCUUCCUCAUUAGUGUUAUUUUCAAUUAAAGUGUGACAUGGUGUAAAGCAUAGUUCAUAUUGGUGAAGAUAUAACAUUAGCAAGUCCUGUGAUUAGCUGGCGAUAAUGGUUAAUAGCAGGUGCGCCGAAAGACUUUGUUCCCAACAUAAUGGCGUUACCUCUAUGACUUGCUCCCUGUCAUUUGUGCCAUGACACUUCCUCUGCUCUCACUAAUGGGACUCUUCAUGCCUCCAAUUACACACACUCAUUUCCUAUGUGUCCCUGAGGACCAUAUUUCUAGAUUAUAGAUGAUGUUCCCCACAACCCCUCAGAGUCUGGUGUGUCUGGACUAUGUGAGCGGCUAUGUCAUGUGAUAUAAUUUAGUGUCUACUGUACUGCCUAUUAUACAUAUGGAUAGGUAGAUAAGAUGAGUGCAUGUAAGCCUGUGAAACUGAGUGCUUUUAUUGUAUAUCUCUGUCCCUGGAUCAGUCAUUGGCUGCCACUUGUCGAUAUCCUAAUAUAUUUUACAUGUACUAAUGUUUUUAUUUGUGGUGACACAGUUUCUUUAGGUUUCCAGGAUGAUACCUCAUAUUUGUGCCAUGAUGUUUUUUUAUGCUGUAGGAAAAAUAAUAUAUUUAAUAAAGAAAAUUA